CAGUUCUGCUGCGUACAAACUAAACAUGUAGUAGUGGUUCCUCCUCCACUUGUUCCACUUGAAGAGAACCAGCCUGUGCCAAACACCAUCCACGGCCUCAAUACUUCAUAGCGGAAACGAGCAACUGGUACCGGAACGAACUGCUCUAGGCCCAUAACCUCGGCUGGAGCCUUGCCCAGAACCUCCUUGACCGUAACCUUGACCAGAACUUCCUUGACUGUAACUUUGGGAGGAACCUUGACUAUAACUUGUCUGGUAACUUUCACCGCCUGCGCAGUUUCCAGGAACCACUUGUAA